UUAUUCAGCGUUUUAAUUGGAAGGUAAACAACUCCCACUUCGUUAGGCUUGCCAAUCAGUGAUUAGUGCGAUUACUCUCCCUUGCGUGACACCUGAUUCUCACCUGUCCGCUAGGUGGCGACAACUACUACUCGAGCUUCUAAAUUUAGGGUUGGUUAACCGACGAUUUGGGUCAUUUGAAAAACAGCUAUACAAGUGUUAUGUGUCACUCAUAUCGCAUUCAACCGUGGCAUAACGUAAGAGAUUAGAAAGUGAUAAAGGGAUGUUAAUAACGUAAAUAGUUGCAAAAUAGCGGCGUUGGAAUGUUUUUGUUCUUUUAACGAGGAGGCAGAUUACAGGUGGGAUUGCCCGCGGCUGUAUAGUUGUGUAUUUUGGGUAAACAAAUUUAAAUUGUUUGAGAAAGACGAUGGUGGUCGAUAAGCCAGAUUUGACAGGGAUUAUUAAUUGCAUCUGACAGAAUGUUGUUAGUUUUAAAAUAUUGAAGAAUAAUUAGCCGUCUGCUGAUAUAUUGACAUAUUAUUGUUACAUUGUCCGGGACAUCCGAAUUGUGUACAGUUGCAAUCGACGUGGAUAUUGACCGGAUGGAUAAUUAAUAGCCGUCUAUUAAUAAUAAAACUGCUACGGACUCUGACGCGUGUGUGCUUUGUUAAUAAGAGGUUUAUAACAUCAUGACCUAUUUUAUGACUUGUCAGUCCUGACGUUUUAUAGAUGAUAACAUUUGUGACAUGGGAGGCAGCUCGUCAACACAGAUUGCCAUGCUAGGACUGGACCUUUCUGGCAAGACAACAUGUCUAUACAGAUUGAAAUUCAACCAGUAUACAGACACUCGUCCGACAGUGGGAUUUAACUGCGAGAAAAUAGAGUUUGAGACUCCAAAUGGGAAAACCCGAGUAUUCACUAUUUGGGACGUUGGUGGGCAGGAUAAAACCCGGCCUUUGUGGAAAUCGUAUACUAGGAAAGCUGAUGGAAUCAUCUAUGUUGUAGACAGCACAGACAAGGAAAGAUUAGAAGAAGCCAAAAUAGAACUGGUAAAGUUAUUAAAAUCUCCCGAAACAUUCGGCUUACCGGUUGUGAUCUUAGCAAAUAAGCAAGACUUGCCAGAAUCAUUAGAAAAGUAUGAAAUUGAAAAGUCGUUAGGGUUAACUGAGUUAUCAUCAGGGCAUUUGUGGCAUAUUGAACCAACUUGUGCAGUGACAGGGGAGGGUCUUCAAGAAGCUGUGGAAACUAUGGUUGAACUUAUUGAGAAAAAGAAGAAGAUGAAACUGAAGAGAUGAACGCAAACAUUGUUGCCAAAUGUUUGACUGUGAUAGUCAGUAUGAUGACUGCAUCAUGCUCAGGAAUGAGACAGGGGACUGUGAGAGAGACAUGCAGCAAUGGAGAUCAGGAACUGAUCUGGGGGAAGGGAUGACAUGAAAUCCAGUAACGAAGGACGCUUCCUUUGAGGAGGGGGGAAUGGGUGAUGGCAGACAUGAUGUGUUCAAGUACAAACCGAGUGCUAGUUUGACUAUUUCUACAAAUAUUUGUAUAUGUAAGUGUGUGACAAUCAGCAUUCAAUUAUGAGUAAUAUUUGAUACUGACAUUGGUACAAAUACACCUUGUGAUAUUAACUUAUCUUACUUACUACAUUGUAUUUAUAUACUGUUUAAAGUUGUUACUGAAAUGAAUAUAUUAACAUUGUUAUUUUAAGUUUUUAUUUCUUGUAUGAUGCAAGUUAUUUGACUGAACUUAAAAUUAUACUAAUCAUCAUUAACAAAUACACUGUGUGCUACAUUGAUUAACAAAAUUCAAGUCUCGAGUUAUGUACAAUGCUAACAUCAGUGUGACCUUUUAUUGGCUUUAAAACACUGUGAUGUCCAAUUUAACAUAAUAAAAGUCAUUGGAAGAAUGUCAUGUACAAUCAUAACUCUAGAUGGAAUGGUAGAUAUUGAUAUUUCAUUUGGAGGUUGAUGUACAAUAGGUUUAUAGUGUGCUAUUUACUAACAGAAUACACUAGACAAUUUAAUACUGAACAACUAGUCAGUGGUCUAGCUUUUGUCAAAAGAGAUAAUUAUAGUAAAUAAUUCAUUUAUUAUAAUGUACUUAUUCCAACAAUUAUUGUUUUUUUUAUUCAGAACUGUAGUUAUUUUGGUGCAUGUUUUUGUAGAUUCUUGAAAGUUAACUUUUUAAAGCAAAGUAAGUUUGAAAACUGAUUAUUGGUCAAAUGAUUGUAUACAUAUUAUUUGUUAUAUGAUAAUAUUUUCACAGCCUUUGAUUUGUUAUAUUAUGAUACUUAAUAUUAUUUGUUAUGAUUCGUUGAGAUUACUAUUAAGCUUUACAAAAAUCAAUAAAAAAUUAUAGAAACAUGUAUGAAAAACU